AUGAGCAAUCCAAGCGUAAGCAGCGAGACUGACACCGACGUCGGCAGCAAGAAAUCGAUGAGCUCAAGCUCGAGUUUGUCCACUGAUGAUGACGUUUCCAUUGAAGUACCAACGAUUGCUCCAAAGAGAAAGGCCUUGAAUGACGAAGACACGUGUACUUGGUAUGCGAAUGCUAUUUGUUCGCGUCCUCGCUCCUGUUUUGACUGUCUUAAUGUUGUUAUUCCUGGUCAAGAUUGCGCUGUCAGUCCUCGUGGCGAAUGUAUGAAUUUUUACAUGGCAUCAAGUAUUGGAGGGUAUCCAAUGGACAACUUUACUUAUUGUUCAGCCGAUGAUACAAUAUGCUCAGUCUGUCGAACCAAUUGGAUUAAUGAUUAUACGGCGGACAUUCACGUGUCAUCCACUGCUAAGUGUGUGGGUCAAUCAGGUUGCAUUUGUCUUGCUUCAUGUGAGCUUCCAAACCAUCAAGACGCUAUUGUGGAUAUUUGGUGCAAUCCCGUGCUCAAUGACUCUCUUUUUCAAGUCGUAGCUGGACUCCUUUUUGGAACGAUUGCACUCUUUGUGGUUGCAACAAUAUUAACAAAACGUCAACUUGCUCGACGUCUAAGACAAGAUGUCGAGCUACGGGAAGCACGAAGUGCCGCUCGUGCCGCUCUGCGUGAAACGAGGCGUCCUUCAGCUUCAGCUCAUUUGCCACGGUUGAGUUUAUCAGGUUGGGCAGGUAUGCGCGAGAAAUUAGUGUCCAGUGAGCAAAGUCGAUUGGAAAGUGGUGCUCGAUCGACACAACCAGCACUUGCAAGGUCAAGCACGGUACCUUCUACUACAGAUGUUGAACAGGGCGAUGGGUAUCGUCAAAUGUCUCCAAGGGAAAAUUUGUCUUGA